AUGAACUUGAAAGAUGACUUAAAAAGAAUCUCAUUGGCAGAGAAAAAAAAUAAACUACUGAGCCACUUGAAAUUUAUUGACCUCAACAAAGACAACUUAAUUGAUAAAGAUGAAAUUUCUCAAUACAUUCUCAAUUAUUUCAAGAGGCAGGAUGCAGAUGAUGCAAGAGUCAAAAAAGAGGAUUUAGACACGAACAAAGAUGGAUUUGUUGAGUGGGAUGAGUACCUCUCCAAGGUUUAUGGUUAUACAUUGCAAGAGUUGGAGUCAUUCAAGAGUGACAAGUCUCAGGAGAUGGCAAAUUUUAUGAAGCUGGUAGAAGACGAUGAAGGUCGGUUCAAAGUUGCAGAUGAGGACAAAGAUAACAAACUGAACGAAACUGAGUAUGGUGCUUUCCUCUACCCCGCCAACUAUGCCCACAUGCACGAAUAUGAAGUUAACCUGGUCAUGAGGAACAUUGAUAAAGAUGGAGAUGGCUACGUGACGUUUGACGAGUACCUUGGACAUUCCACCCCAGAUGAAGUGCAAAGAGUCGUGGAUUAUGAAAAUUUUCUUUUUUACGAUGAGAAUUCUGACAAAAAGCUAAACAGACACGAAAUAAGGCACUGGCUGAUGCCAGAGAAGAAGACGAUCGCCGGUGACGAGGCGGAACAUCUGAUACAAGAGACGGACAGAAACGAAGAUGGCGUGCUGACCUUUGAUGAGGUCAUGGACAGUAUGGAGAGGUGGUUAGGUAGUGCCGUCACUGAGUAUGGGGAGGGGCUGAAGUCGCCCCAUGAUGAAUUGUGA